AUGGCUCCCACUUCCUUCAAGCUCAACACGGGCCAAGAUAUCCCCGCUGUUGGGUUCGGAACAUGGCAAGCGGCCCCCGGCGAAGUCGCCGCCGCGGUGACCUACGCGCUGAAAGUCGGGUACCGGCUCAUCGACGCGGCGUACUGCUACGCGAACGAGGACGAGGUGGGCCAGGGCCUGAAGGCGGCCUUCGACGCCGGCUACGCCAAGCGCGAGGACGUGUUCGUCAUGACCAAGCUGUGGAACACGUACAGCAGCCGCGUCGAGCUGGGGCUCGACAAGUCGCUCAAGGCUCUCGGGUUGGACUACGUCGACCUGUACCUCGUGCACUGGCCCGUCGGCAUGAACCCCAACGGCAACGACGACCGUUUUCCCAAGCUGCCCGACGGUAGUCGGGAUAUCCUCUGGGACCACGACCACGUCGCGACGUGGAAGCAGAUGGAGGCCCUGCUAGGCACAGGCAAGGCGAGGGGGAUCGGUGUGUGUAAUUAUAGUAAACCGUACUUGGAGCAGCUGCUGGCCAAGUCGAAUGUCGUGCCCGCUAUCAACCAGAUCGAGAACCACCCGGCGCUGCCCCAGCAGGAGGUCGUGGAUUUCUGCAACGAGAAGGGGAUUAGGGUCGUCGCGUACAGCCCGCUGGGAAGCACCGGCGGCCCGCUGAUGAAGAGCGAGGCGGUUACCAAGGUUGCGGAGAGGAAGGGCGUGAGUCCGGGGACGGUGUUGUUGAGUUAUCACGUUGCCAGGGGCACCACCGUGCUCGCCAAGUCCGUCACCGAGUCGCGGAUCAAGGCUAACCUCGAGAUCGUCGACCUCGACGCCGAAGACAUGAAGAUCCUCAACGAUUAUUCCGACAGCUUGGUCAAGGCGGGUAAGGUCGAGCGAUACGUGUACCCGCCUUUCGGCAUCAACUUCGGCUUCCCGGACAAGAACGAGGGCAGGAUCUUGCCGAACGGGGUAUGA